AUGAAAGGAAGAGUAAUAAUCUUGGCCUUACUGGCUUUGAUGUGCUGCAUCAACACUGGAUUGGCACACAAAAAAUCAUACUACACAAAGAGCAGACCAUAUGUUCACAAGCAGAAGCAAGUCACCAACCUCCACUUCUACUACCACGAGACUAGCAAUGUCGAAAACGCCACUACAGUCAUCGUAGCCAAACCCGCCGCCAACGACCCUUCACCCUCCCAAUUUGGCACUAUCACCGCCAUGGAUGAUCCUCUAACCAUCGGUCCUGACCCGUCCUCGGAAGUGAUUGGGAAGGCACAGGGGAUGUAUGUAUUUGCUGGCCAAGAUAGAACAAUGCUGGUAAUGUAUGCUGAUUUUGGUUUUCUUAAGGGAAAGUUCAAUGGGAGCUCCAUUAGUGUGAUGUCGAGGAAUUCGGUUUUGGACCGGGAACGUGAUCUUGCGGUGGUUGGAGGUACAGGGAAGUUCAGGAUGGCUAAAGGGCUUGCGAUGCUUAAGACCUAUUCUGGGUUAAAGCCUCAUGUUGGUACCCAUGUUGAGUAUAAGAUCAAAUUGGUUCAUUAUAAUUAG